AUGGUGAAUUGGUCCGAACUUCCAUACGAUCUACUUGUUACGAUAGCAAAGCGUGUGUCGGUGAUGGAGGAUUUCGUUGUACUUGGUGCUGUUUGUAAAUCAUGGCAAACUGCUGCUACUAAAGAAAAUUUUGAUGCCUCAUCGCCCCAACUUCCAUUGCUUAUGCUGGCUGCUGAUAAAGACGACGAUUAUCGGGAAUUUUAUUCUCUUUCCAAGAAGAAAAUUUCGCGAGUCUUUCUCCCAGAAGCAAGAGGGCGAGUGUGUUUUUCAACGCAUGGAUGGCUUUGCACCGUGAAUUAUACAGGUAUUGGAGAGAUGACAUUAUUGCACCCUUUCUCACGCGCCCAAAUCCAGCUUCCUCCACAUACUGGAUUGAAUGAUUGGGGGCCAGGACAUGACUAUGUGAUCAUCGACUUAGCUGUGUUAUCUGCUAACCCUUCAGUAACAUCCGACUAUGUUCUGAUGAUUAAUUAUGAUAUAACUGGAAGUCGUUUGGCUUUUUGGCGACCUGGAGACCUUUGCUGGACCACAAUUUGGUUGAAAAGAGCCGGUGGAUUCACCGAUAUUCAUUACUUCAAUGGGCAGUUUUAUAUUGUCGCUCACAUUGGUGGAGUCUGGGCUAUUGACGUUGCGGGGCCUAGCAAUCCUCAGCCAGUUGUAGAACCCCGUUUGGUUGUUAAGAUAGACGAUUAUGUAUCUUGGACGCGUGGAAUAGAGUUCUGUCUAGUUGAAGUAUCAGGUGCACCAUUAUUUCUUACACAAUUUUCUGAAUGUGAGAAACUAGACGGACCUAAUGGUGGCCGCAAGACAUCUAAAUUUCGAGUCUGGGAAAUAGAUGAAACCAAAGGUGAAUUAAAAGAGAUUAAAAGCUUGGAAGAUAGAGCAAUUUUUUUGGGGUGUAACGGAUCAAUUUCCAUCGACUCUUCUAAGUCUAUAGAAGUGAAGCCUAAUCACAUUUAUUAUACUGAUAAUUGGAAAUUUUUCAAAAUUGAAGGAGGGGAUGGCAGAGAUAUGGGUGCUUACAGUCUUGAACAUGGAACAAUUCAACCUUUUUAUCCUGGCAUUUCCCUUAAUUCUAUUUGCCCGCCAACUUGGGUAAUCCCAUCAUUCUGA